AUGAGAGGUGCAAAUUCAAAUUCAGGAUAGUCCUCUCUACCUGAUAGUAAUGAAAUCAACGAAUAUAUUAAGGAGUACUUAAGAUACUCUAAUUAUUCCAAUACCCUGGAAUGCUUUGAUGCAGAAAUUAAGAGCAAAUAGGUUUCCAAUAAAAUGUUAAAUAAAUAAUAAGUCGUUAAAUAAACAGGCGAGGAUGUCCCUCGUAUAUUCUAAUUGUUGAAAAGCGAUAAUAACAAAACUAAAAGAGAGAUCAAUUUAGAAAAGGAAUAAAAGUAAUUCAAUAAAAAAUACCAAUAAAUAUUACAAGCAGGCAGAUAAAUAUUCUCAGUUAGCAUUAACCUAUUGCAAUUACUUCAUUCAUUAAAAGAAACAGCUAAGAAUGAAAAUCUUAGUGAAACCUUAGAAAAUUAUAAAAUUCAACUAGGAAAAUAUCACAAAGUCAUAAUCAAUGAAGGUAAACCAGAAGGAACAGAAUUGAUUACUGAAUAAGUGAUGCAUGAGCAUAAGACCAAGUUAUUAAAGAACUUUUAGGAUAAGCAUGUAGACGGUAUGAUAGAAGUAUUGCUUUCAUUAAGAGUAAAUGCAUUGUAAAUUGCACCUGAAUUAAGAAAGAAUCUAGUCUAUGAAUUAAUCAGGAAUGAUGUGUUUAAUAUUGAAGCCACAGAUAAAUUUGAUUUUGUAGUUCAUUUAUUGGAUAUCAACAAUUAAAGUCUCAGACAUGCAAUAACAAGUCUGAUCAGUGUAAUAAGCAGCACUUUAAGAGGGGUGGAAUACUUGACUUAUAAUGGAAAUAUGAUUAUUGUGGAAAAAAUAAUCAAGAUUUUAAAGGAGUAAGAAAACGGUUCCGUAACAUAGAGAUUUUGUUUAGCAAUCUUAUAGAAGGCAAGCAUUAAAGAUACAGUCAUACCGACAUAUGUGCAUAAUGAAUUGAUUUAAUGGAUUAUUAACUUAAUUUAAAAGUCAGUAAAUGCGAAGAUUCACGUAUUUUGUCUUGAUUUUGCUUCUGCUACAUUAGCCAAUAUCAUACACACUCCUUACACUUUGCAGUAUUUGGAACAUCAACCAAGAUUUGCCCAUUAGGUGAUGGAAUAGUUAUUGAAAUUCAUUAAAGAUUAAAUUUAGGUUUCAGUUUUGAUGCAUGUUCUGAUUUGUUUGUCUUAUCUGAGCAAGGAGAACUUUGCUAAGUAAAUGGAGGAAUGCAGAUUUGUUGAUAGAAUAAGCUAAUUUGUUGAAUAUUACAGUGUUAUUAAUACAGAGAACGAAGCUGCAGAGAUCGACAAAAAAACAGUUUUAGAUCUAUGUGCCCAUAUGUUCCAUCCAAAGGACACUUCGCUUGAUAAUUCGGAAACUCUGGAAUUGAAUGAGUUGAAGACUGAAGAUAGGAUUAGGGAAUAUGAAAAUGAACAAGGAGAAUUAAUUUUCGAAUGUUUUCAAGAUGAAGUAAGUUGA